AUGAUUUUAGCAGAAGGAGUGGUAACUCAUCGGACAACGGUGGAGGAGCUUCUUAAUGAUAAAGCAUUCGAAGCAGGAAACAAUCCGGCAGAAGAUGAUCCGGUCUCAGAACAGCCGUAUGUGUUGUGUUUGAACGACUUCAUCAAGGGAGACCAUAAACAAUGUUUGGAAGACAUGCUUUAUCGGGGACUUUUGAGUUGCGAGGUUUUGAGUAAUGACUAUAAAGUGUGGCAGUUGUUUGUGAGUGCUUGCCAGGACGUUGAUUUCCAUGUUUUAGGAACUAGCGUAAUGCAGGUGGUUCGUACCCAUUUUGCCAUAUCUGAGUUUUCUGCGGUUGAACAGAGACUAAUAGACGUAACACCAACCGAACGCAUCACAGGCUUGCUGGCGUUUCUCAGAUGCUCCUGCAAGAUUGCAGAGCUGGACAAUUCAUCGAUGGCAAUAAAGAGUCUGGCUAAGCAGACCAAAACAACCAUUGUCAAUGUCAGCAAAGUCACCCACAAUCUCGAGGAAGCUCGCCAGCUGCGAGACCUCAUCAUUUUUUACCUCAUUUCUGUCCAAAGUCAUGGCUUGCAAUGUCGAUCGCCUAAAGCUCUAUUUUUGGCCCUCUGUGAUGAGAACCCAUCGCUUCGAGUCGCUUUGCAACAAGAAGCAAGUCCUGGAGGCACACUAGAGGAUAGCAUAAUCCAAGAACUAGAUGCAAAUGCGGAAAAGAAAAAGAGUGGGUCUCUUCACUCCCCAAAUCAGCUGGGACGUCGCAAAACAAAGACGAUGACUACCAAAAACGAAGAAGACAAAAGUAUCGGUCUUCAGCCAAAAACCAAGUCUCAAACUACACCACGCAGCACUGUUCGAGCUCAAAAACCACAGGCCCAAUUUUCGUUUUCACUCCCGCGACUUGUGAGUUUCAGGAGAUCAUUAGUCAAUCUGUCGCGGCAUUUGUUGAACAAAAACAUCGCACCGAUUGUUUUACUCGUGCUUCUUUUCGUGCUUAAAAAAUCGCAAUUGCUGGCACAACUGGCAAGGAAAAUACCCAAUCUAUUCAAGCGACUGGUGGCUCUUUUGAACAUCCUAAUGAGCAUUUAA